AUAUAGAUCUCUGGGUCGUAGAUGAGCUGUGAUUUUUUUUUUUGAACGGGUAUAAACCUUGGGAAGAAUUCUAUCGCCGGCGAGUGGCUAUAAGUUUCCACCGCGACUCUACAAAUCUUCACAACUUACCGAUGUUACCUACUAAACGAAAAUAAUAAAGAAAUUAUAUCACCACGGGGCUUUUUUUCUCGUUUAACCCAAUCUCCUACCCAGACAAGACAAUCUCCGACCAACUCUCAAUAUACAAACUUAAGGGAGUAGGUACCUACCUACCUACCGACCUACUCACAACAAACAAACAAACAAACAAAAAACCAUGACGACCCCCCAAACCAAAGGCACCAUCCUCAUAACCGGCGCCGGCGGCCUCGUCGGCGGCCAAAUCAUCCGCGAGGCCCUGGAGUCCGGGUUCAGCGUGCGCAUCGCGGCGCGCAGCGCCUCCUCCGCCUCCCGCACCGCCUCCCGCUUCCCGUCGCACGCCAGCCGCCUCAGCACGGCCGUCGUCGCCGACAUGACGACCGCCGCAUCCUACGCGCCCGCCUUCGCGGACGGCGCCAUCACGGCCGUGGUGCACGCCGCCUCGCCGUUCGUGCUCGCGCCCAGGGACAACGUCCAGGAUCUGCUGGUCCCGGCGACGCGGGGCGCCACGGCGAUCCUGGACGCCGUUCGCGCCUACGGCGGCGGCGCGGGGAAGGUGCGAAGCGUGGUGGCGACCAGCUCCUUCGCGGCCGUCGUCGAUGUCGGCAGGGGCAGGCGCGAAGGGCACACGUACACGGAGGCGGACUGGAACCCGGCGACGUGGGAGGAGGCGGCGGCGGCGGCGGACGGCGUGGUGGCGUACUGCGCGAGCAAGGCGCUCGCGGAGCGGGGGAUGUGGGCGUGGAUGGACGACGCGCAGCGCAAAGGUGGUGGUGGUGCUGCGGUGGGCUUCGGCCUCACGACCAUCUGCCCCCCCUGGGUCUUCGGCCCGUACGCGUGGGAGCUCUCGGACACGAAGGGGCUCAGCGAGUCUAUUGGCUUGCUGGACAGAAUCCUUGACGCGGAGGCGGUCCCGCCGUUCGACUUUGGCGGGUACGCGGACGCGAGGGAGGUUGCGGCUGCGCAUGUGCGGGCGAUUGAGAGGCCCGAGAUGGCGGCGGGGAGGAGGUUCAUUGUGGGGCAGGGGUUCAGGUACCAGGCUGCGGUGGAUGCGGCGAGGGAGGCGCUGCCGGAGUUGAGGGGGAGGUUACCCGUGGGAACGCCGGGGGAGUGGGUCGAUGCGUAUGAGAUUGAUGGGGGGGCGGCGGAGAGGGUGCUGGGGGUGAGGUAUGGGAGGUUGAGGGAUACGGUGAGGGAUACGUAUGUGCAGUUGUUGAGGGCGAGGGAGUUGGAGGGGGGAGGAGAGGGGGUGAGGGGUUGA